CAUCAGGGUGGAUAAACUCCAAGCUUGGGCCGAUGCAGAACGGGGAGGUUAUGAGCCCACAGGACUCCAAGAUAUCUAGAGAAGAGGCCAUGGAGGACCACAAGGCCCCUUGCCAGAAUCAAGGAUGUUCAGAGCCCACAGCUCCUCCACUUCCUCCCCCAUCACCACCGCCAGCAGGACCACCAGAGUACCCAAGACCCAGGCUCAUCUUCCACACUCAGCUGGCUCAUGGGAGCCCAACAGGGCGUAUUCAUGGAUUCACCAAUGUCAAGGAACUGUAUGCCAAGAUUGCUGAGGUUUUCAACAUUUCUCCCUCAGAGAUCCUUUUCUGUACCUUAAACUCUCAUAAAGUGGACAUGCAGAAACUGCUUGGAGGACAAAUUGGACUAGAGGACUUCAUCUUUGCUCAUGUGAGAGGGGAGACGAAAGAAGUAGAGGUGACAAAGACUGAAGACGCGUUGGGUCUCACCAUCACAGACAAUGGAGCUGGAUACGCUUUCAUAAAGAGGAUAAAAGAAGACAGCACCAUUGACCGACUGAAGGCAGUUUGUGUCGGUGACCACAUUGAAGCCAUUAAUGACCAGAGCAUUGUAGGAUGUCGACAUUAUGAGGUCGCCAAAAUGCUAAAGGAGCAACCAAGAGGCCUUCCUUUCACUCUUCGCCUUGUCGAGCCCAAGAAAGCGUUUGAUAUGAUUGGAAUGAGGACAAAAGCACCAAAAUCGAAUGAGGGCAAGUUGGUGAACGGAAGAGAAACACUUCGGCUUCGCUCUAAGGGUGCAGCUACAGUUCAGGAAGUGAACGAGUUUGAAGAACAGGCCACCAGGAAAGUGGAUGAUCUUUUGGAGAGCUACAUGGGGAUCAGAGACCUGGAGCUGGCAACCACUAUAGUGGAGGCAGGCAAGGACAAGAAGAACCCUGACGACUUUGCUGAGGCCCUGGACUCGGUUCUGGGAGAUUUUGCUUUUCCUGAUGUGUUUUUGUUUGAUGUUUGGGGAGCUAUUGGAGAUGUUAAAAAUGGCAGAACUUAGAUAUAUACAGUUGAGAGUAAUAUAUCUGUUUUAUGAUACAUAACGAUUUAGCUUUCCAGAUAUUCCCUCCUUAAUAAUUUGUUUGUCUUUUUCUCAUUUUCUGAUAUAAUCAUAAUAAGGGCCAGCAUUGAUUCAUCAAUCUUCCUUUGGACUUUUGAAUGUGCCCUCAAUUGAUCAUCACUCUAACAUCAAUAAAUGAGAAACACUGUAAACUCAGGAAUACUUUUAAAUUUUUCUGUACUCCAUGUGCAGCUUAAAUGUGGAUUAAACAAGACACACCGUAGAUCAAAGCCAUCUUAGAAUCCCCUAGAAAUCUACAUAGUUAAAAAUAAGCACCAGUAAACUAUCAUUCUCCAAGAGAAAACCUGCUGGAAACAACAAGACACAAAUGUUGUGGGGUAACUUUAAAGGUGGGCAUUUGUCUUAGAUAUUUGAACAAGGAUAACGAGUUUACAUUUUCCCAAAUUAUGAAUUCAGCAUCUUAAGUGGAAAGAAAAUGGGUUAUUAAUAUGCUUGGUAGUAUUACUUUAUUUAAAAAAAACAACAACAAACAAACAAACAUAAACUUUCAUGAUGCAGGUCUUUUCAAACUAGAUCUGU